AUGAAACCCGUAGAAAUAAAAUCAUUUGAAGGUCCUCGAACGGCACGGGCGAUGGCAGAUUCACUAAUAAAUGAGCUUCAAAAAACAAUAAAUGCAAAACUGGGUGUUAGCGAUUCAAGCAAAUCGAGUAGUUCUAGUGAUAAAAAAAGCAGCGGUAAACAUGUAAUUGAACUGACGGAUAGCAACUUUGAGGAUUUGGUGCUUUAUAGCAAAGAUAUUUGGCUUGUGGAAUUCUUUGCACCUUGGUGCGGUCAUUGUAAAGCUUUGAAACCACAUUGGGAAAGGGCUGCUUUGGAAUUGGCUGGUAAAGUAAAGGUUGGUGCUUUGGAUGCAACAGUACAUCAAAUGAUGUCAUCACGUUUCAAUAUCAAAGGUUUUCCAACGAUUAAAUAUUUCGCACCAGGUUCAAGUGCUAAGGAUGCUGAAGAUUACGUUGGUGGACGAACCAGUGAUGAUAUUGUCCAAUAUGCACUUAACAAAUUUGCUGAAAAUAUGCCAGCACCAGAAGUUGUGGAAGCAGUCUCACAGGAAGUUUUUGACAAGGCUUGCAAAGAAAAUCAGCUUUGUAUAAUUGCUGUAUUGCCACAUAUUCUUGAUUGCCAAAGUAGCUGUCGAAACAACUAUUUAAAAGUUUUGAAAGAAUUGGCGGAAAAAUUCAAACGAAAUAUGUGGAACUGGGUAUGGACAGAGGCAAAUAAACAAACUAAACUGGAGGAAGUAUUUGGCAUAGGUGGUUUCGGUUAUCCAGCUCUAGUAGCGCUGAACUAUCGUAAAAUGAAGUUUACGAUGUUAAAAGGUUCAUUUGAUGUCUCAGGAAUCCAAGAAUUUUUAAAAGGUAUUUCUUAUGGUAGAAGUCAAACAAUACCGUUGAAAGGUGCAGAACUUCCGAAGAUCUUGAAUGCAGAACCGUGGGAUGGCAAGGAUGGCGAGAUGCCCGUUGCGGAAGAUAUUGAUGUUUCAGACGUUGAUUUGGACGAGGAAGAAAAGCCGGAGAGAAUUGAACUGUAG